CAGGACCCCGCACAGCAGGUGAGCCUCUCCUGCCCUGUCUCCUUGGGCUUACCCUGGUAGCAGGCAUCCCUCAGGAUCCUGCCUCUUCUCUUGAGCCACAGUCUUUUCUGCACAACCUGCCUGGAUCCCCCAGCCUUAAUGGGUCUGGUUCUCCCCAUGACACCACUUGGACGUCUCCACCUCCUGAGGGUGCUUAGCGCCCCUUCUGUCUUCCUCCUGGGGCUGCUGCUGGCCCUGCCUCUAGGGGCCCAGGGACUGUCUGGUGUUCGAUUCUCAGCUUCCAGGACAGCUCACCAGCCCCCUCAGAAGCAUUUGACCCAUGGCCUCCUGAAACCUGCCGCUCACCUUGUUGGGUACCCCAGCAAACAGAAUUCACUGCUCUGGAGAGCAAACACGGACCGCGCCUUUCUCCGACAUGGCUUCUCUUUGAACAACAACUCCCUCCUGAUCCCCACCAGCGGCCUCUACUUUGUCUAUUCCCAGGUGGUUUUCUCUGGAGAAAGCUGCUCCCCCAGGGCCAUUCCUACUCCCAUCUACCUGGCCCACGAGGUCCAGCUGUUUUCCUCCCAGUACCCCUUCCAUGUGCCUCUCCUCAGCGCACAGAAAUCCGUGUAUCCGGGGCUACAAGGACCGUGGGUACGCUCAAUGUACCAGGGGGCUGUGUUCCUGCUCAGUAAGGGGGACCAGCUGUCCACCCACACAGACGGCAUCUCCCACCUACACUUCAGCCCCAGCACCGUGUUUUUUGGAGCUUUUGCUCUGUAGAAUCUAGGGAAACUCAGGAACUGGAUUCCAGCACCUCCAUCCUGUUCAUCUUGAGGGUCACAUCCCCAGUCUCCAGCCUUCCCAACCAAAAUAGCCUGGAGCUUUCACGGGAGUCUGAGGCGCUUCAGGGCACCUCCCCCAGGGUCACUCCAGAUGCUCAGGGGGAGACUCAAGCCUGCCUAGAAGUUCCUGCACAGAGCAGGGUAUUUGUGGGUCUAGGCGGGGCAGAGACCUGGACAUGAAGGAGGGACAGACAUGGGGGGAGGUGUCUGGGGACAGGGGGAGGUUGACUAUUUAUGAAGAGAAGGGUUAAGUUAUUUAUUUAUAGGGAAUAAAAAGAGGGGAGAGGUGGAAAGCCGUCGGGUGACAACUAGGUCCCAGACAUCAGUUACCACAGAACAGGACUCAUCUGAGAGAGGGACGGUGACGGUGAGAGAAGUAGAUGUAGGUGACCAAGGGGUUUUAGAAGAAAGCCCGAGGCUCUAAAAGCCAGCCACUGCCUGGCCACACAUCCACAGGGAGCCCCUGCACCAUCCGUGAAUCCCAAUAAACCUCUUUUCUCUGAAA